CCGACCCGACUAAUUACGUGAGCCCAUAUUAUACUACUCAAAGAAAAGAAAAAAAGAAGAAGAGAAAUGCAAGAUUUUGAUAGUGUCAGGAGAUUCAGAUCCAUCUCUAGGAUUCAACCGACGAGAACGAGAUCAUUGUCUCCUCAUCAUCUUCUGCACUGAAAUUAUGCGUCGAAUUUCUCCAUUAAAACCCUAAUUUUAUCCUCUUUCUUUCUCUCUCUUAAAUUAUUCAUCUGUCUGCAAAUUUUUUCAGCGUCGAUCGAAAAUGUAUAUGCCGUAUGGAUGGCCGUAUGUUAUGCCAAUUGAAUCAGGACUUUGUCCUUCUUCUCAACGAAUUAUAUAUCUUAAAGUUAUUAAUCAUUUAUUGCUCGUUGUUGCUCCUUCUCAUUUGGAGCUAUGGAGUUCUUCUCAGCAUAAGGUAAGGCUGGGGAAGUACAAAAGGGAUUCGAGGUCAAUCCAGACAGAAGGUGAGAAUGUACAGGCUGUGUGGAGUCCAGAUGCAAAAUUGGUUGCUGUUCUUACUUCUUCUUUCCACCUUCACAUAUUUAAGGUGCAAUUUUCUGACAAAGCUAUAAACAUGGGGGGAAAGCAGCCAUCAGCGUUGUUUCUUGCAAACAUUAAUCUUGUUCUGAAUGAGCAGGUCCCUUUUUCUGUCAAGGACUUAACAGUGAGUAAUAUUGUAUGUGAUAGUAAGCAUUUGCUGAUCGGACUCUCUAAUGGAUCUUUAUAUACUAUAUCAUGGAAAGGGGAGUUCUGUGGUGCUUCUGGUAUUGACUUCCACAUUGGUGAGAGUAAUGAGAACCUCACGGCACCUUAUUCCUAUGAAAAUGGUACUGCAACAGGAAGAAGUGUUGAGGAACAUCAACUAGGCCCAACACUAUAUGAGUUUUCUUCUAUUGUGAGGCUGGAGCUUUCACUAUUAUUGAGGAUACUAUUUGUUAUCUUCUCUGAUGGGAAGCUUGUACUCUGCUCUGUAAGCAAGAGGGGACUCAGGCAAGCCGAGUCUAUUAAACCUGAAAAAAUACUUGGUUCGGGUGAUGCUGUAUGUGUUUCAGUAGCUUCGGAUCAGCAAAUUCUUGCUGUUGGUACUAGAAGAGGGGUUGUUGAGUUGUAUGACCUGGCUGAUUCUGCUUCACUAAUGCGUACUGUUUCCUUGUAUGAUUGGGGGUAUUCUACCGAGGAUACUGGUCCUGUUAGUUGUAUUGCAUGGACGCCUGAUAAUUCAGCCUUUGCUGUUGGAUGGAAGCUUAGAGGACUUACGGUUUGGUCUGUCUCAGGAUGUCGUUUAAUGUCUACUAUACGUCAAGUUGGUUUGGGGUCUGUCUCUUCUCCAGUAGCUAAGCCAAACCCAGAUUGGAAAUAUGAACCGUUAAUGGCUGGUGCUGCAACACUACACUGGGAUGAGUAUGGAUACAGGUUGUAUGCGGUGGAGGAGAAUUCAUCAGAGAGAAUUCUUGCGUUCUCCUUUGGUAAAUGUUGCUUAAACAGAGGAGUUUCAGGCUCAACACAUGUUCGUCAAGUGAUCUAUGGUGAAGAUCGCGUUCUUCUUGUGCAGUCUGAGGAGACAGACGAGCUUAAAAUGUUGCAUCUUAAUCUUCCAGUCUCUUACAUUUCACAGAAUUGGCCAGUAUUACAUGUGGCUGCUAGCAUCGAUGGAACAUUCUUGGCAGUUGCUGGUCUUCAUGGGUUGAUAUUGUAUGACAUACGUCUUAAAAAAUGGCGGUUCUUUGGAGAUAUUACACAAGAACAGAAGAUCAACUGCAAGGGUUUGUUGUGGCUGGGGAAAAUUGUUGUUGUCUGCAAUUAUGUCGAUUCCUCCAACACGUAUGAGUUGCUAUUUUAUCCUAGAUACCACCUUGAUCAAAGCUCACUAUUGUGUAAAAAAUCGUUGCUGACAAAGCCGAUAGUGAUGGAUGUCUAUCAAGAUUAUAUACUUGUUGCCUAUCGCCCAUUUGAUGUACACAUCUACCAUGUGAAAUUAUCUGGUGAACUGACCCCUACAAGUAAUCCAGAUUUACAGCUUUCUACAGUACGAGAGCUCUCCAUCAUGACCGCAAAGAGCCCUCCAGCAUCUAUGCGCUUCAUACCAGAUCGAUUUUAUAAGGACUAUGCUUCAGUGAAUCAAAAGUCACCCCAAGAGCCUGUCAGAUGUUUGAUAUUGCGUGCAAACGGGGAUCUGUCCCUUCUAGAUAUGGAUGAUGGGCAUGAGCUGGAGCUAACAGAUUCUGUUGAACUGUUUUGGGUUACAUGUGGCCAAGCAGAUGACAAAGAAAAUCUCAUUGAAGAAAUUUCUUGGUUGGAUUAUGGUCAUCGGGGAAUGCAGGUCUGGUAUCCAUCGCCAGGUGCUGACCCUUUUAAGCAGGAAGACUUCUUGCAGCUGGAUCCUGAUCUGGAAUUUGAUCGUGAAAUUUAUCCAUUGGGACUUCUUCCAAAUGCUGGAGUAGUGGUUGGUGUUUGCCAGAGAAUGUCAUUUUCUGCUUGUACAGAGUUUCCAUGUUUUGAGCCAUCUCCCCAAGCACAAACAAUAUUGCAUUGCUUGCUUCGUCAUCUCCUUCAGAGGGACAAGAUUGAGGAAGCUUUGAAGCUGGCACAAUUAUCAGCAGAAAAGCUCCAUUUCUCCCAUUGUCUUGAGUGGCUCCUCUUUACAGUAUUUGAAGCUGAAAUUGCAAGGUUAAGCAUGAAUAAAAAUCAGAAGGCUGUCACCAUUCACAAGCCUAGUAAAACACUCCUGGAGAAAACAUGCGACUUGAUCAGAAAUUUCCCUGAAUAUCACAAUGUUGUCGUGAGCGUUGCUAGGAAAACGGAUGGUCGACAUUGGGCAGAUUUGUUUCCUGCAGCUGGUAGAUCAACAGAGUUGUUUGAGGAGUGCUUUCAGAGAAGAUGGUACCAAACUGCAGCUUGCUACAUCCUAGUUAUUGCCAAACUUGAAGGUCCUGCAGUCAGCCAGUACUGUGCUUUGCGCUUGUUACAGGCAACUCUUGAUGAUUCUUUGUAUGAACUUGCUGGGGAACUAGUGAGGUUUCUGAUGAGAUCUGGAAGAGAGUAUGAGCAGGCACCGACAGAAUCAGAUGGAAUUUCACCUAGAUUUUUGGGUUAUUUUUUGUUCUCUUCAAAGAAGCAGCCUUUUGAUUCCAAGAGCAGCACUCAUAAAGAGCAGAGUGCGCAUAUUGCUUCUGUUAGAAGCAUUUUGGAAAGCCAUGCUAGCUAUUUAAUGUCAGGGAAGGAGCUGUCGAAACUUGUUGCGUUUGUGAAGGGCACUCAAUUUGAUGUAGUGGACUUCCUCCAACGAGAAAGAUAUGGAUGUGCUCAUUUAGAAAAUUUUGCUUCAGGUCUUGAACUUAUUGGGCAAAAGCUUCAAAUGGGUACACUUCAGAGUCGGUUGGACGCAGAAUUUCUCUUGGCUCACAUGUGCUCUGUCAAAUUUAAAGAAUGGAUUGUUGUCUUGGCCACUCUCUUGAGAAGAUCCGAGGUACUCUUUGAUCUAUUUCGGCAUGAUGCGCGUCUAUGGAAAGCAUAUUGCAUUACUCUCCAGUCACAACCAGCAUUUGCUGAGUAUCAUGAUUUGCUCGAAGACCUCGAAGAAAGACUUUCAUCUGUUACAAAAUUUCAAGAGAUAUGACAUCAAAAUAGCAUAGUCGUUGGCUUUCAUUCCAACAUGGUUUGCAGGCUUCUGACUGUUAUCAGCUUGAAUUGGUAUGCUACCUAGGCAAAAAGCUCUGUUAACCUUGAAUGAUCAUUCUUCCACUUGAUAGGGUUUUACCUGUUUAUUAUGUGUAUGAGCAGCAAAAGUGUACCAUUCUUUUUUACUUUGUAACAUUAUUUUACCAUUUCAAUUAGAUUGAUAGCAUCUUUUCCGGUUGUACAUAGAAGCUAGAGUCUAGGAUGCAGCCGUGAAACCGUGGUUGCGGCCGGCAGUUUAGAAGCCUGGGUCAAUAUAUAGUUUGUAUACAGUAUACCCCUGUUUUUGUAUCAAUUGAAGGAUAUGUAUGUCCCAAAUAAAAUAGAAGGUUUUCAA